CCAAACAAAAACAGCACCAAAGAAACAAAAUUUGUGACAACCCUUUGUUUCCCAAAUCCCAAUACACUGCAGAUUGGUCUAUAUUGUGUGGAGGACCCCCCCUCCCAGUCCCAGGUGCAGCAGGAAAGAAAGUUCAUCUAUCUAUCUAUCUAUCACAAACGUAACUCAAAGAGGGAUUUAAUUUUGUCAUCUUUUGCACAUCUCUAGCUAGCCAGCUAGCACUGUCAGCAGUCUCGAUCAUAUGGAUAACUACUCGGACCUGCAGGACUACACUACUUCCCUGCACCCUCCCACGGGAGAACAAGGUCAUGAUGAGGACAUGAACAACAACAAUAGCAAUAGCUGCAGCAGCAUGGAUCAGCGUUUCCUCCUCCACAACCACAACCACAACCACAACCACAACCAAUCCAUGUCAUCAUCACCAUCGGGUUUGGAGAAGCUGAUGAGCUUCGCCGACGUCAUGCAGUUGGCGGAUUUCGGGCGCCCCAAGCUGCCCGUGAACAGCAUGGAGGAUCCCGUCUACUUCCUCAAGUUCCCGGUUCUCAACGACCGGAUAAUUACCAACACUAAUCACAACGAAGAAGAAGAAGAAGAACAAGAAGUCGAUGAACGUCGUCAACAGCAACAACUAAUGAUGAAGAUGAUGUCGUCGUCUUCGUCAGAAGCUCCUCCUCAGAUGAUAAGGUUUGAUGGCGAUACGACUAGGGUUUGGGGUAGCAACAAGGCCGAGGCGUCGGAGGGGCAGCUGCUGCAGUUCGUUAAUAAUGAUCAACAAGCGGGUGGUACAAUAAGUAGUGUUCCGGAAGGAGCAGCGGCGGCGGCGAAGAACAACAACAACAACAACAAGAGGAAGCGGGCGCCGAGGAGUAUAAAGACGAGCGAGGAGGUGGAGAGCCAGCGCAUGACUCACAUCGCCGUGGAGAGGAACCGCCGGAAGCAGAUGAACGAGCACCUCCGAGUCCUCCGCUCCCUCAUGCCCGGUUCCUACGUCCAACGGGGAGAUCAAGCGUCGAUAAUUGGAGGAGCAAUAGAGUUCGUGAGGGAACUGGAGCAGCUCCUGCAGUGCUUGGAAUCACAGAAGAGGAGGAGGCUGUACGGGGAAGGAGCAGGACCAGCUGCUGCUGCUGCUGCUGCUGCUGCUGCUGAUGGUCAUGACGACGACGAUGAGGCCGCGGCCGCGUUGGUGUGCUUCGACCCUUCCUCCUCCUCCUCGGGAUUUGUAGUGAGGGAGGAGACGGCGGAGAACAAGUCGUGCUUGGCUGACGUGGAGGUGAAGGUGUUGGGGUUGGACGCCAUGAUUAAGGUGCUGUCCAGGAGGCGGCCCGGCCAGCUGAUCAAGGCGAUUGCGGCGAUGGAGGAUCUGCACCUCAACAUCCUCCACACCAACAUCACCACCAUCGAGCAAACGGUGCUCUAUUCCUUCAAUGUCAAGGUUGAAAGUGAGGUGAGGUUCACGGCGGAAGAGAUAGCGAGCUCUGUGCAGCACAUAUUUACUUUCAUUCAUGCCAACACCACGACCUCUACCUCUCGCUCUAGCAUGUGAUUGAUCCAUCAUGACGCGCCGCCCCGUGUCUGACUACCUACACAUGCAAUAUCUCUCAAGUUUUUUUUUUUUUUCUGAAUUAAGGACAUGAUUCAUAUAUUUGAUAUAUAUAUCGACAUCUUAUACAUACAGAACGAAACAAAAAUAUAUAUUGUGAUAAUUUAUAGAUAGUUGAAUUUCUUUUUAUGGGGGAUUGAAUCGAUGUCAUACUUUCUAUAAUUUUAUUUUGUUAUUAAAAUAUAUAUUAUACAAGAUGUAUGUAUUUAGCAUCAUUCUAUAUCAGUUAUAUAAAAAU